UGCAGAGCGAACAUGGCUGCGCCCACAGGACCGAGAGGAUCAUCAGCCUCCAACCCGCCCGGGUUUGAAGGUUUUCCGUUUGCGGUCGGUGGCAGACCACCGGAAGACAGGUCCGGUAAAGACCAGGAGCAGACCGGGGAGGUGAAAAAGAAGCCAUGCAGGGCUUGUACGGACUUUAAAUCGUGGAUGAAGCUCCAGAAGAAACAGGCGACAGCUGCUGCACAGGAGGUCCAAGCUGCAGAGUCAGAGCCAAGAGAAGACCCACAAUGUCCACUGGACAGGGAAGAGCUGGGACGUAGCACCUGGUCCUUCCUACACACCAUGGCAGCGUAUUACCCCGACCAUCCAUCUUCACCCCAGCAGCAAGAGAUGGGACAGUUCAUCAACCUCUUCUCUAAGUUCUUCCCCUGUGAUGAAUGUGCAGAAGACCUCAGAGGAAGAUUAAAAACCAAUCAGCCGGACACCAGCAGUCGCCAUGCUCUCUCUCAGUGGCUCUGUCGACUCCAUAAUGACAUCAAUGUCCGGCUGGGGAAGCCUGAGUUUGACUGCUCCCGUGUGGAUGAGAGAUGGAGAGACGGAUGGAAAGAUGGUUCCUGCGACUGAAGGAUUGUGUGGAGAACUUCUGCUGAGAGAUGUGAAAGACCUGGGAGGAGAAAUUCUCUCUGUCAGUAUAAAACUUUGGUGGAAAGUGGAGCACACAUCUUUGUUGUGGAGAGACUAUGUGUGAUGAGAGAUGUGUGGUAAAUGUCAAACAGCUUUGUCUUCUAUUGUAGUUAGUUAAUGUAACUGACCUGGUAAUAAAACUUAAAGAAACAAAACAAAUAAGUAUUCCUCUCUGUUUCUCCAGUCAGAACUAAAACUCAUAGUAAAACAUUGCACAGUUUCACUGAACCUGUUGUUAUUUAUAGUUUAUUGAGGGAAUGUAAAACUUUGGGAGAUAAAUUCUACAUGUAGGCUUCUGUGAAACUGAAAACGUGCAGGGACACAUGUUUUUGAUGCUCUCAUAAAGAUUUGUUUUGCUGUUUUACUGCUUAGCUGUGUAAUAUAUAAAUUAUAGACUCAAGCUUGUGUUUUUGACCACUUAAGAUUUUUGAUUGUCUAACUGGAUUUAUCAAUUAAAACUGGGGUUCUCUGGUCUGUUA